CGGCCGGCGGCCGGGGCUCGCCCGCGCCCCUCCCUCCUCUCCGGCGGCGGCGGCGGCGGCGGCGGCGGCGGGCGGAGAGCGCGGCGGAGCCUGGAAUAUGGUCGGGGAAAUGGAAACGAAGGAGAAGCCGAAGCCCACCCCGGAUUACCUGAUGCAGCUGAUGAACGACAAGAAGCUCAUGAGCAGCCUGCCCAACUUCUGCGGGAUCUUCAACCACCUCGAGCGGCUGCUGGACGAAGAAAUUAGCAGAGUACGGAAAGACAUGUACAAUGACACAUUAAAUGGCAGUACAGAGAAAAGGAGUGCAGAAUUGCCUGAUGCUGUGGGACCUAUUGUUCAGUUACAAGAGAAACUUUAUGUGCCUGUAAAAGAAUACCCAGAUUUUAAUUUUGUUGGGAGAAUCCUUGGACCGAGAGGACUUACAGCCAAACAGCUUGAAGCAGAAACAGGAUGUAAAAUAAUGGUUCGAGGCAAAGGCUCAAUGAGGGAUAAAAAGAAGGAAGAACAAAAUAGAGGCAAGCCCAACUGGGAGCAUCUAAAUGAAGAUUUACAUGUAUUAAUCACUGUAGAAGAUGCUCAGAACAGAGCAGAAAUCAAACUGAAGAGAGCAGUUGAAGAAGUGAAGAAAUUACUGGUACCUGCAGCAGAAGGAGAGGAUAGCCUGAAGAAGAUGCAGCUGAUGGAGCUUGCCAUUCUGAAUGGCACCUACAGAGAUGCCAACAUUAAAUCACCAGCCCUUGCCUUUUCUCUUGCAGCAACUGCCCAGGCUGCUCCAAGGAUCAUUACUGGGCCUGCGCCUGUCCUCCCACCAGCUGCCCUGCGUACGCCUACGCCAGCUGGCCCUACCAUAAUGCCUUUGAUCAGACAAAUACAGACCGCUGUCAUGCCAAACGGAACUCCUCACCCAACUGCUGCAAUAGUCCCUCCAGGGCCCGAGGCUGGGUUAAUCUACACGCCCUAUGAAUACCCCUAUACAUUGGCACCAGCUACAUCAAUCCUUGAGUACCCUAUUGAGCCCAGUGGUGUAUUAGGUGCGGUGGCUACUAAAGUUCGAAGGCACGAUGUGCGUGUCCAUCCUUACCAAAGGAUUGUGACCGCAGACCGAGCCGCCACCGGCAACUAACCUAUGACCUUCUGACCUCUGAACUCUUCACCCAAUGAUGACCUGACCAUGCCUGCCUGCUGAUCAGUUAACUGGUAAUCGCCUUUGCUUGCCUGUCGUCAGUGCAGCGAGCUGAGGCACUUGUCCGUUCGUCUUACCAUCUAACCAAACAAAAGACAAAGAAAUUGUCCUCCAACUCAGCUUUUUUUUUCCCUCCCUUGUUUGGGUGAAAGUGGUUCUAGAACCUGCACUGAAUAGUAGUAAAGCAAUAAGGCCCAGUUCAUCCCACAGCACUGAUCAUCUUUCAAUGUCCUACCCUAAGCGAACGGUAAGAAGAAAGGGAGACAGAUGGCCCUUAACUACUCAAAUGACAGAGGCAGUUACUGUGAGAGACUCUAGGAAUCUUUUUCUUCCCAUAGCGAAGUCAAAGCUCUCUCUGAAUGUACUGUGUGGUGGUGCAUCAUGCAUGAACCUUUGGUCAGGGAUGUCAUUGGUGAAGCGAUUUCACAAAGUAUUCAAAAUUUGAUAUGCUGUUUAGUCACUACUAUGCCCUCAAAGGGCAGAAGUUGCAGCCUUUUUUUUUUAUAUUGCCUGCCAAAAUUUGAAGUAUUAGAAGAAAUUGUGCCAUGAGACAAAAACGUAUUGAAGAGUUUUAAAAAGUAAUACAAACAGCAAAACUGCAACACUAUUUUUAAAAAGAUAACUAUCUCAGUUAAAAUUACUGAACCAUUAUUUUACACCUCCUUAAACAAAUAUUUGAGAACAAGGUACAUGCAUUAUGUGUCACAUUACUGGGCAAACUGUUCAAGUAUUUUUUUUAAACUUCCCUGUAUAGAAAAAAAAAAUCAUUAAGGAUGUAAAAGCCAUGCUUGCCUAUUUGCUGUAUACAUGUAAUGAAAUUGUAGAUAAAGUGUAGUGCAUUGAAACAAAUGAACAAAAAGUAGAUACUUUUACUAUACAAGGGUGCUGGUGCAGAAAAAAAUAUAUAUAUUUUUGGAAAUGUAGCAUUUUAUACUUUCAAGUGUUAUAAAAAAAAGAAAAAGAACAAAGAAACCCUUUAUUUCAUUAAAUAAUUUUUUCUGGUGGUUGUCAAGAAACAAAAGACCAAAAGAGCCUUUUUGUCUUUCUUUUUUUAUUUUUUAAGUAUUGGAAUAAGUCUAAAGAAAAGAAAGUGCCUUAUUUUCCUUCAUGGUCAUUUAGUCAAGUGUCUUGUAAGAUCAGCUCCUCCCUCAGAAUAAAAGUUAAUGCAUGCUACUCAGUCGCCCAGUAUGUGAAAGAAGUUAUGAGGGGAGGUUAAAUGAGUUGAUGGUUUGAAUUAUAUGAUUUGUGCCACGUUACCUUGAUGCAAAUUUGCCAAAUCUGAUACUGUGAAAAAUUUAAUAACUUUUCUUAGGUUUGACUAGUAAGUUUUAAAGUGUCAUUCUUUUAAAAAUCAUAAUUGAGUACUUUUGGUUAUUAUAGUCUGUAAUAUUAGCCCAGAGGAUUCUGAGAGAAAAAUUAUGUUAGAUCUGAACAUCAUUUUACAGACAAAAUUAGAGUUUUAUUUUCUUUGGCGAAGAGGGGAUAAAUUGGAUUCUUUUUUUCUUACAAAUUGGAGAUAAUAGUACACCUACCAAACUUUUCCACAGAAAUUUUCCUUUGCGAUUUUCAUUCUGAAAAACGGUAUUUUUAAGUGACCCACAUUGAAUCCGACUUCCUUAUCUCAUACCAGAUCACUUGUGCAGCCCAUCUCUCUGCUGGCUUUAGUAGUUGCCUCUACAUGCACACAUUUUUGUCCCUCCCCCCCUUUUUUAAACUUUACAAGAAUGUGAAAAACUAGCAUUAUUGUGCAUAUAAUAUGGAACUGCAUUUCAGUUUGAGCUUCCAGUUUCUCGUGAAGUUCAAACCAUUUUGUAGUUGAAGUGAUUGGUGUGCGAAGCCUGCAUCUAAACACUUGAGUGAAUAACCAUUAACUGCUCAGUACCAGAUGUGGCAAAUCUCAAGUGAUGGUGGAUCCCCAGCUCAUCAACUCGGGCCUUCUUUCAUACCUUCUCAGCUCCACAGUCACGGUCAGCAGGAAGCUCAGUGGGCACCUUCAAGGUGACCUCUAUCAUCUUGUCUCACUUGGAACCGUUUUCAGUUUAUUUACUAUGCAAUAGACAUUGCUUCGUACUCAGCUAGCUUUGGUUUAAUGUGCCACUGCUUUGUCUUUCUGUUACACAUACAGUUGUUUUGAUUUAUUUACGAUAUAUGCUGUGCCAUUUUGAUUUUUAUUUUGUUUGGUUGGUUAAAUAAAUUUGCGACACUCAAACACUUGAGGUGAUAGUAAAAAACAAUACCAGUAUUUGAUUCAGUCUCAUCUCAACUGUGUUAUACCUGGACAUUUUAGAUGUUUAUCAAAGGUCUUUUAUGGGGAAGAAAGUAAAUGUAUGAAACAAUAAAUGUGUGACAUUUAUGAGUAAUGUUGGCUCUGAACAAACUUUUGAAAACUUAGUUGACAAAAUUUUGGAUCAACUGAAAAAAAAGCAUGACUUUUGAAAUCUCUGAAUGCCUUGGUUCUCAGUAUUAUCAUUCUUUAUUGAAUUUAUUUCUUAUUAAAGUAUGUAGUUUUUAAGACUUUUCUGACAGUAUUAUGUAAUUUUUUUAGUGUGGGUAGAUGGGAGUGUCGCUUGUAUGUUACCGUACAGCAGACAUGUAUUUUUUGUCUAUUCUUUAUUAUCUUAGUAGUUUCAUGCUAUGUAUGUACCAUAACCAACCUAUUGCCUAUGAGAAACAUGUAAGAUAAUGUAUUUACAGCCAUUGUUACAAGUUUAUAAUGUAUUUUUCUAUCUUGUUUUAUAUGUAUGUUAUAUAACAUUCAAAAAGAAUUUUUUUCUUGAUUGAGAAAAGGAUACAAAUGCAAAAUCCACAAUUUUGAUAACUGAAAAUUGCCAAUUGUUUUGCAGUACUUUAUUAUAUUGGGUGUCUUGUCUUUCUUGGGCUUUUAGUUAGCUAAUGAAUGAAUACUUUAGACACUUUGGGUUUUAGUUGGGAUUUUACAUAGCUUGCAUUUUAAUUCUUUGGUUCUUUGCUGUUUCUAUUAACCCAUAGCAUUAUUUUAAUAAAUGUUAUAAUACCAACCUA